AUGAGCGCCCACAACGAGGACGGCAUCAGCCUGUGCGAGAAGGCACUUCACAUAGUCACAGAACUCUGCUUUAGGGGACUGGUGGAGCAGAAGAAAUGCCACGAAUUUGUCUUCAGUGUGGACCGCAGGAAGCCAGGGAUCACAGGUGCAGACAUUUCAGUCAGUCUGCUUGCUGUAGUCGUCAGUUUCUGUGGGCUUUCCCUGUUGGUAGUUUCUCUGUUUGUGUUUUGGAAGCUGUGCUGGCCGUGCUGGAGGAGCAAAGGUCUUACUUCUAAUCCAAAUAACGUCCCUCAGAAUACCUCCAGUGAUGCCACAGAGGCUGUGGAAACCCCCGAGAAAAAGGAAAUUCAGUUAAAUGGAAGAAGUUCAGUUUCACUACUUGAAACCAGCAUGAAGAUCAGCCAGACUUCUCCAGAUAUACCUGCAGAGGUGCAUAUUGCACUAAAGGACCAUCUCCUCAAACAUACACGAGUUCAAAGACAGACGACAGAGCCUACAUCUUCCUCCAGACACAAUUCAUUCAGAAGACAUUUGCCAAGACAGAUGCAUGUUUCAAGUGUUGAUUUCAGCAUGGAUAGUCUUCAGAGGGGAGAGACAACAACAAGCAUUGGACGAAUUAAGCCAGAACUCUACAAACAGAAGUCAGUCGAUUCGGAAGAUGACCAGGAGAAUGUAAAAACCAGUGGGAAGUUAAACUUCACUCUUAAAUACGAUUAUGAAAAUGAGCUUCUGAUCAUAAUGAUUCUCAAAGCCUUGGACUUACCAGCAAAAGAUUUCUCUGGCACUUCAGAUCCCUAUGUUAAGAUUUUCCUUCUUCCAGAUCGGAAAAAGAAAUUUCAAACGAGAGUGCACAGGAAGACUCUGAAUCCCAUCUUUGAAGAAACAUUUCAGUUUCCUCUGGUGUUCGAUCAACUCAAUAAUAGAAAGCUCCACUUCAGUGUUUAUGACUUUGACAGAUUUUCCAGACAUGACUUGAUUGGGGAGGUUAUUGUAGAUAACCUGUUUGACGUGUCAGAACUUUAUAGGGAUUCCACAAUCUGGAAGGACAUCAUUUGUGUCUCAACUGAAAGCGUGGAUUUGGGAGAGAUCAUGUUUUCCCUUUGCUACCUUCCAACUGCUGGGCGAAUGACACUGACAGUCAUUAAAUGCAGGAAUCUUAAGGCCAUGGAUAUUACAGGCGUUUCUGACCCGUACGUAAAGAUAUCCCUAAUUUGUGAUGGUCGGCGAUUAAAAAAGCGGAAGACAACUAUAAAGAAAAAUACUCUCAACCCUGUUUACAAUGAGGCAAUGAUCUUUGACAUCCCUCCAGAGAGUAUGGAGCAUGUUAGCCUCUUAAUUGCUGUAAUGGAUUAUGAUCGAGUAGGUCACAAUGAGAUAAUUGGGGUCUGUCGAGCAGGAAAUGAUGCAGAUGGACUUGGACGAGAUCACUGGAAUGAAAUGCUGGCAUAUACCCGGAAGCCAAUAGCUCAUUGGCACCCUUUGGAAGAGUCACCAGGACAAGCGACGAGUUUCGACAGUCAAGGUUCAUGUCCGUCCCCAAAAAUCCCGUUGACACCGUAA